AUGCCGUAUCAUUAUGGGCUGCCCGAAGCGGAAGAGCGAUGUCCUCGUGGUCUAGCUCACAUCUAUGCUCAUACGAACCACAUCAUUGCAAGCAGUAACCUGGAUCCUGACGGCAUUGCUAGAGUGUUGGAGAGAAUCCGAUCUCUAGCGUCAGUAAGAUGGCAUUACGCCGAUGCCAACUUCCAGUCAGGCCGCUUCUGGUUACCUUCUGAUGUUCUCAAUCUCCAACAAACUCAGCUGCAUAAGACCAAGCUCUACGUUGAGGACUUGCCUCUGAGAGAUUUCGAUGGCAAUUUGCAAAAUACAUACGUACGGGCUAUUCCCACCGACUUGUUGGUGUCACUCAAGAUGGCUCACUCCGCGCCGCCCCUGACCACCCGUCUUGGAUCUCUCAAGAACCUGUUGCUUAGAUCACCACAACUUGAAAUAUUCCACUAUCAGGAUAGGGGCCAGGGAACGCAAUUAAUGUUUAAUGGAAAGGAACGACUACCACCCUUACGAGAGCUGAGAUUAAAGAGCUACGACUGGCGUCACACCCAAGACGACGUAUCGACACAUUGGGACUUCUCACGCAUCCGCUCCUUGGAACUGAUCUCCGUCCCGCUAUUCAACUUCCUCUCCUCCGUCUCCUUCGCCGACUUUGCAGACCUCCACACCCUCCACGUGGAGGACUUCUCCGCCCACCUGCCCGACCACCGCCUCGAAGCCACGCGCGGCCUGUACGUGCUCGUGAAACAGCACAUCAAGGCCUUGCACACGCUCAACAUCACCUGCCACACGGACCUCUUCCCGAUGGACGGCAUCCUCGCGCACGCCGCGUCUCUCCACUCCCUCCACUUCCGCGACCACGUCGGCUUCAGCGACGAGGACCGCAGGUGUCCCACGCUGUGGGCCGACGACGUCGUGCUGCUGUCGAGGCGCCUGGCGCGCCUGCACACGCUCGAGCUCGACAUGGACGUCGCGCUGUGCGACCCGCCGCUCUUCCUGCGCGCGCUGUGCGGCUUCCCGCGCCUGCACACGCUCACGCUGCACGUGCAGACGGUGCUGCACCCCCUCGAGGUCGUGUACCCCGGCACGGACCGCGACUGCGAGGCGGUCACGCGCAUGUUCGACUUCCUCGUGCGCAGCAGGGCGGCGGCCAGGGACGGCGUGCCGUGGCGGAGCGUGACUAUCAAUGUCGGCGGGUGGAGGAAGCUCAUGGUGCGCAGGCUGGGGGAGCCGUGGCGGAGACAGAAUGCUCGGGGGGUCUUUGCAGAGCGGUGUUUUGUGCUCGAGAGGGAGGCGAUGACGGGUCAUACGACGGUUAGGGAGGAGAUGGCUGUGGAGGUUGGUCAGAGCAGGGAGGGGUGA